AUGACGUGCAGGUUGGUUGUGGUAGCUGCUGUCUGUGUGUUAGUGCUGGGACUCGCGACAUCUCUGAGACAGUAUCUCAACCCAGACGAACUGCCGUCUGUGAAGAGCAUGUGUGAUGCCCAGUGUGAAAUGCUGUGUUUAGAGAUUGGAAUUCAUGGCGGUGACUGUUUGAAUCAAGGCUACUGUGCUGCUCUUGAAAAAUAUAGUCAUGGCUAUGUUCCUCAGAAGCCGAUUAUUAAUGUAGAACGUAACGUGUUAGCCCAGACUCUAACCGUGCGAUGGACGAAGAUUUCCUCCAUGUAUAAAAUCAUAUACGUUCUACAGUGGGACCAGACCGCAUCACCAACACUGCUCCUCAAUGGACCACCCAUGGAGAUGAAAACUAAACAGAAGACAACUUGGAUAACACUGGGAUGGGCUGACAGUAGCUACUUCAUCUUUCACAAUUUCACUGACGUCUGUCUGCGUCCCAAGUUCCGGGUGGCUGCGGUUUCACGGUUUGGUUCACGAUGGUUCACGGAGGCUGUACAGACACCAGAGCUGCAGCCUGGACGAGCAACCAGCAUAUUGGCAUCUAAUUUUCACUAUGUACAGAACAAUCCUGGGGAGGUUUAUUUUCAACUGACUUGGGAUGAUCCACCAGGUUGGAAGCGAAGUGAUGUAUUGUUGUAUCACUGGAGAAAAGGACCUUCUACCUGUCAACAAGUUGAGGUGUUUUUUCAAAAUCCCAGGGGUUUACAGAUUCAACAAUUGUCUUUACGAAUUCCAGAACACGGAAUUGGAUGUACUUUUAAUUUACAGAUGGAGGUGGUUUCAAGAUGUAAUCCAAGUAUUGGUGGACCUAUGGCAAAUUUCAAGUUUUUGCUUGACUGUAGCAAGAUUGCCAACUACACAUGUAAACCUCCAAUUUAUAAUCCUCCUGGUAACGUAGAAAACAUUAACCUCCGUGUGAUUCCUACCAAUAAGGGGCCUCUUAUUCAGAUAAGCUGGCAACCUCCAAGCGACCUGGGGUCACUGGGCGUCAUUGAUAAAUAUCACAUCAAGUGGGGCAAACUCAACCAGAGUACAUUUGAUGCCCUGCUGCAAAUUGGAUCUUUGUAUGACACUCAUAAUUUUACUAUUCCAGGGACACAGCUUUGGACAGUUAUUCAGUUGGGGAAAGUAUCUAGGACAUAUAUAUAUGGUGUGCAGAUUAUGCCAUCAGCACCAGGUCAUGACAUCCUGUAUUGGCGUGCUCCUGUUCACAACAUGCCAACACUGCCAGCUGAUUGGCCACAGUUGACCAAUGACAGCACUUCUCACAUACCAACCCCUCAUAUAAUAAAGGAUGACAAGGGGGUGAUCAUUGUACUGGUACCCAUACAUCCACACCCGUCCGUCCGUCUCUUUCUCAACAUGCCAGAAAAACAGUUUGAUAAUGAGGUGGAAGGAUUCGCAGUGCAGUGGGGACACACGGAACAUAAGAAGGGAUCCACAAAAAUAAGCAUUGAUGUUCUUAACUCAACAUACAUCCCCAAGAAAUAGCUGCUGUAUAGUGGACAGGAAUCAGUGUGUCACACCAUGUCUGUUUAUGUUGCCGUGUUUUCUGUCCGAUCUCUUGUUGUUUCACUUGUUAAUAAAGUUUUAAAGAGA